AGAUUCUCACUAAACUGGUCAAGAAAAGUGUAUUUAGAAACACAAGUGUUUGAGCUCUAUCUAAAGACGCAUAUCAAUUGUUAUUGACGUUGUAACCUUACUUGCUAUUUUGAAAAAUAGUAAUUAAUAAUUGACAAAAAACAAAGAUGCCAAUUGAUUACGCAGCAUUUGCGUAUGCAGCUACAGUGGUUGGUGGAGGAAUCCUAGGCUAUGUGAAGUCAAAAUCUAUACCAUCAUUAGCUGCUGGAUUACUUUUUGGUUCACUUCUAGGCUAUGGAGCCUAUCAAACAUCCAAUGAUCCUAAAAAUUGCAUGGUUUUACUGGGUUCCAGUGCUACAUUAGGUGGUAUGAUGGGCUAUCGUUUCUACAACUCAGGAAAAAUUAUGCCAGCAGGAAUUAUCGCGGUUAUUAGCACAAUUAUGUUUGUUAGAACAAUUGUAAGGACUUUCACAUCUCCAUUGAAAACGGAGUAAAACAAUAAUAUUCUCUACAACUUAAGCAUUUAUUUUAUUUUGCAACCAUUUCGAA